AUGGGGAGGCGUGUUUAUUCAUGUUUUGUGCUAUGCUCGAAAUGCAGGCAGGAAGACCUACGGAGGCCAUUUGGGCAAUUUGGUCCUCUUAAGGACAUUUACUUGCCAAAAGACUAUUAUUCUGGGGAGCCACGGGGCUUUGGUUUUGUCCAAUAUGUAGAUCCUGCCGAUGCUGCAGAAGCUAAAUAUCAGAUGGACGGGCAGAUUCUUCUGGGCCGGCAGCUGACGGUUGUAUUUGCUGAGGAGAACAGGAAGAAGCCAUCUGAUAUGAGAGCUAGGGAUCGUGGGAGGGGGGGUAGAUAUGACCGAAGGCGGUCUCCUGCUCGUUAUUCUCGAUCUCCACCACCGCGUAAUGCAAGAUCACGAUCCCGCAGUCUUGACUACUACUCCCCGCCUCCAAAGAGGAGACAGUACUCAAGGUCUAUUUCACCUCGAGGACAUGAAAGGUCACACUCGCAGCAUAGUCGAGAGAGGUCAUACUCGCGUUCUCCAGGAAGGGAUCAUUCUCCACCACCCUUUGAUGACUUGAGGGAUCGCAGCCGAAGUCCUGUAAGGGGGCGUUCUGCAGUUGGGGAUCGAAGCCGAAGCCGAAGCCGAAGCCCAUAUCCUGUGGAAUACUCAAGGGAACCAGUCAGAGAUGAGUCCCCUAGUCAGUGAACAAUGCAGGAGAGAGAUGCCCGUAAUGCUGCCUGCUAGUGUUGACUUUCUUCCGAAAGGUACAAUAUAUAUUUAUGUUGAGUCAGUUGAUGUAGUCUCUAAUUGGAUUUGAAGGUGGAUGUUAAAAUCUACUUUAGGACAAUUUUUUUUUCCUUUUGGUGCUUUGGUUUGAGAAUUUCUUGGAUUGAAGUAUUUAACUAUCUCCGAAGGUGUCUGGUUUAGUUUUACCAUAUGUUUUUUCUUUUUAUUGUUUAU